CUCUAAACUCUAGACACUAGACUCUAGAAGCUACUAGAAACACCCCUGGCAUCACAUAAAUUCCAUUUACUUAUGUGUCAUCAAUGUACGUACAAAUACAUACGAAGUACAAGUGGGGAGAAUUUAAAUGGCGUAACAAUACUAUAAAUUUGUAAAUAACAUUGGAGAAAAUCAUCGUUUCGAAAAUGAACAGCAUCAGAACAGUUACACUUAAAUUGUUAAGGUCAUAUGCCACUAGAUAUCCGUCUGAAACAAUAGGUAUCGAUGGAAAAUUAAAAUUGAAAAAGAUGGAACAAUCCGAAAUCGAUCUCGAUGAAUUCGUCGAGGAUGAUUUGGAUGAAGGCGAAUCUGAUUUUAUGAACGUUGGCAAGUCGUACGAUAUGCACCAAAGAGAAAUGGAGAAAAAGAAAGAAAUCAUGAAAGCGAGUAUCGUUAAAAAGAAAUACUUCAAGAAUAUACAGCCAAAUUUUCUCACGUUUGUCGAAAGAGAUCAAAUACAGAAGUUACAUAAAAGUGAUCCAGAAGAAUGGACACCAGAGAAAUUAAGCAAAAGCUUUCCAGCAUUACCUGAAAGUAUAAGAAAAAUUUUGAUAUCGAAAUUUGUACCGAAAUCAGUCGAAGAGGCUAUUAAAUACGACACUAGAGUUGUUGAAAAUUGGAAGAUGUUUAAGACAGGCAAAUUGGUAGUAGAUCCUGAUUUGAACGACCAUUUGAUGAAGUUCAGACAUCGAAAAAUUAAUUUAACCGAUAGAGAAUCACUGGUCGAAAAUCUUAUACCGCCAAAGAUGGAAUUUCCAAAACCACGUAGCGUAAUGUUUUCAAAUAUGAUCAAAGGUUUUGUAAAUGUUGAACAAUCUUCGCAUAAUCAACAGCAAAUUUCUGAUAGAAGUGACGGAAGUAGUGACAAGAAAGAAUUGAUUACCAUAGAGAAAGAAAAUAUAAAAACGCCUAUAGUACAAACAAAUAAAUCUACAAAUGCAAAAAAUUAUAAUCAGAAAAAUAAUAAAGUGAAAGAGAAAUUCGUUAUGGAUGAAUCCACAAAAAAAGAAAUAAACGAGUUGUAUGAAACAUCUCCAGAGAAAUUAAUAUCAUUCUUAAAAAUGAAGCAAGAUCGCAUGAAAUCCUCAAAAUUGGAAGAUGUAAGUUCUAAUAUAUUACAAAAUACUAUGGAAACAGCAAGCACAGAAAAUAAAAGCGUCAUUGUAAAACCCUUAAUGCAAACAAAUGAACAUUUAAAUGUAAGAAAUGACCAGAUAUGUAAUAACACGAAUAGGAAAUUAACUUUCGAUGAAUUUAUGAAGAAGAAUUUAAACAACAUGAAUAACACAUCUCCAGAGGAAGAAAUAACAUUAAGAAAAACAUAUAGAGAACACAUAGAGUCCAUAAAUGCGGAAGAUGUAAGUUCUAAUAUAUUAAACGAUACUAUGAAAGGACUAAGCAAAGAGGAGAAAAAUCUUGAUCUGAUGGAGACUUCAUCCGACAAAUGUUCGUUAAUAAUGAAACAAAAGGAACCUGAAUUCAAAGCAGUAGGUGCUGCAACUACAUAUGAUGGUAGCAUAGGUACUUAUGUAAAAGAACGGAACACGAGCAUAGAUAAAGAGUUCAAGUAUGCAAUGCCUAUAAAGAUUCCAAAAAAUGUAUAUAAGAAAGGUAUGACGUAUAAAGUAGUAGAUUGCUAUUACGACGACGAUGGGGAAUUUCUGUAUAGAACACCAGGAUUAAGAAAUUAAUUGUUAUGUUCUUUAAUUACACAUAUUUGUAAUUAUUAUAUAUAUGUAUAUGUAUAUCUAAUUAUCGAAAUAAGCAUUCUUUGUAAAAAAAUAAAAUAUAUGUGUUAUGUUACGUAUUUAUCGUC